UCAGCAACAGUUCAACAAACCCACUUCCAAAAGUGCCCAGACGCUCGAAUGCAUUUAUCACUUGAUACCAUGAGCAUGGUGGACGACAGCUGCCUCUCACCCAGUAAUUUCCACGAAAUGGUGAAAGGUGGGGGCAUCGCCGCGGGGGGCCGUGUCCACAGCAUUGAUGUCAUCCUAGGGUUCAGCAAAGACCAGGACCCCCUACUCAGCCCCGCCGGAGCACCACGGCCCCAUAAAGCGGACAUAGAUGGCCUGGUAGAGCCUGGGAAGCAGCAGGAACCCUCUUCACACUCGACCUACAGCGGGCACCUUUCGUCUCUGAGGAACGGCAGCACCGAGCAGCAGGAGCAGCAGUACCAUGACACCAGCUUAUUCGCGAACAAGUGUGAUGAGGAACUGAGCGAGCUAAGGAAGUGUGUCGAGAGCGAUGAAGGCAAGUCUCCGGAGUCGGGCAAAGAAGACCAGCCCAAGAAGAAGCACAGGCGCAACCGCACCACCUUCACCACCUACCAGCUGCACGAGCUGGAGCGUGCCUUUGAGAAGUCCCACUACCCAGAUGUGUACAGCCGUGAGGAGCUUGCCAUGAAAGUGAACCUUCCGGAGGUCAGAGUUCAGGUCUGGUUCCAGAAUCGCAGAGCUAAAUGGCGUCGGCAGGAAAAGAUGGACGCCAGCACCAUGAAGCUCCAUGACUCGCCCAUGCUGUCCUUCAACCGCCCAGCACCAGUUCACACCAGCAUGGGGCCGAUGACCAACUCCCUCCCCUUGGACCCCUGGCUGUCCUCUCCCCUGUCCAGCGCAACACCGGUCCACAGCAUCCCGGGCUUCAUGGGUCCAGCUCAAGGCCUCCAGCCCAGCUACCCCAGCCACAACUUCCUCAACUCCAAUCCCUCCAUGGGCCAGGGGAUGCAGAGUAUGGCUCCUCCUCCCUACCAGUGUCCGGCACCAUACCCUGACAAAUACCCUCUGGAGGACGUGGACCAGCGCAGCUCGAGUAUCGCAGCACUCAGAAUGAAAGCCAAGGAACAUAUCCAGUCUAUGGACAAGACCUGGCAACCCAUGUGACUAACAAAGCUGGCAGUCCAUGUGAAUGAUGG